CCGGUGCAUCAAAUACUCCAUAGCUCGCUCGGUGUCAAGCACUCGAGCACAUUCAUUUCUCCCUCCGUCCUCGCCGCCAGCCCACCACACACAAGCUCCGGGAUGGCGACCGCCACGACCACCACGGCGCUGAGCAUGAAGCUCCUCAUCGACACCAAGGCCCGGCGCGUGCUGUUCGCGGAGGCGAGCAAGGACGUGGUGGACUUCCUCUUCUCCCUCCUCGUGCUGCCCGUCGGCACCGCCGUCAAGCUGCUCGGGAAGGACGCCAUGGUCGGCUGCGUCGGCAGCCUCUACGGCAGCGUGGAGAGGCUCGACGGCACCUACGUCCAGCCCGGCGCCUCCAAGGACGUGCUGCUCCACCCCUCUGUCCUCUCGCCGGCGGCCAGCGGCAAGAGCUCCCUCCUGGGCUUGCCGGCGCCGCCGUCCCCACAGGCGAAGACGUUCUACAGAUGCAGCAUGCAGUGCAACUGCUACAAUGGCCGUACCGUAUUUGGUGCCCCUGGCGGAAGCAGCAGCAACUGUCGGACUUACGUGACGGACAGUUGCGGCACCCACUGUCCAUCAUGUAACAACCAGAUGACCACGCCCUUCACGGUCGUGCCGUCGGCCGGGUCCGGCGGCCAGGUGGCGCAGGGGGCCGCCGGCGAGGGCGGGAAGGGGUUCGUGCAGGGCAUCGUGACGUACACGGUGAUGGACGACCUCACCGUGACGCCCAUGUCCUCCAUCUCCAGCAUCACCCUGCUCAACACACUCGCCGUCAGGGACCUCGCCGCGCUCCAGGAGAAGACCGUGCAGCUCGGCUAUGACCAGGGUCUGGAGAUCCUCAAGGCGUCGCUGCAGUCCAAGACCGUGCUCACCGACGUUUUCCUGAAGUAGCCCCCCAGCAGGGCUUGAACGCACGGUUUCUGCGCCUGACAUGCACAUCGACAUGGAGAAGUAGCUCGAUGCAUCGAUCCAUGUAGCUAUGGUCAAGUAGGUUUGCUGGUCCUUUUGUAUGAAUGAUCCAUCUAGCUAAAUUAGGUUGAUCUUUUGUGUGGGCAUCAGAACUAUCUAAAACGGUGGCAUCUUUUGUAGUAAUGUCUAGUGUCAGAUGGUAGUAUCAGUAAGAUGCUCGUAGUCCAGGUUAGUUUAUCAAUUACUCCAGCUUGUAGUACUAUACUCUGUGUCGAUGCUUGAUGUAUGGGUUUGCAUCGCAGUUAGUAUCAUCUUCCGUUGGUUGUCAAAA